AUGUCGUGUGUAUCGCCGGCCAGCCACAGACCACCGCCGCCAACUAGCCAUAGACUCACCACAACAACGACCUGCACGGUUUCACCCAGCUACCUCAGAAUUUCUGAAACACCACCACAAAACUCCACGGAGACGCCGACUAGUACGAAGAGAAGUUCCGGAGACUCGUCGCCUUACGCGUCGACGCUCACGGGGAAGAAGUUCAGCCGUUCAACCUUAGGGUUUUCAACAUUUAAAUCGGCUAACCCUAGUUCUGAACGCAGUCUUUUGACGCCUUCAAUUUUUCGGAAACUGAGUUGGGGAGGCAGGCUCAGUAAUUUAAGCACAAAGGAUUUCCAAUCGACUACAGUCAAAUUUGUUCAGGACCUAGGGAAUCUUGGCACAUUGCUUAGAUCGGCCCUGGCUUUCGAAUGGAAUGGUGUUUUCCUGCUUCCUGGAUGUUGUGAUCCUUUCAAUGAGAAGGCACUCAGGGCAAGCAGAGGUGCUCUGUUUCAGCUUCCUCUUGUUUUUGGAAAUUGGGCACAUUUUGAAGCUUUUUGCAAUAAAGUUAAAGUGAAGAUGUUUGCUGGUCAUCCUGAUAGUAGCAACGGACUCAAACCUGUUCAUAAGUUGUCCCUGAAACUUGCACAAUCUCUUGAUGAUACACCAUUAUGUUUGUUUUUAGGUAGCGAGGGUAGCGGCCUUACAGAGAAAGCGAGACAGUUCUGUCUGAUUACUGAUGAUUCUGGUGGCAAUGGUGACAACCAGGCCGAGACAUGAGACUUUGACACUAUAUAUUGCCAAAUGCAAGAUUAUUGAUGAUUCAAGUGGUAAUAGUAAAAUGUAGAUCAAGAGAUGAACAAGUUAUCUUGAAGCUAAGCUAGCAUAAGGAUAGGUUUACUUGGUAAUUAGUUUGUUCGUAGCCAGGAAGUUGUUUUUAUUUUGUUUUGGACUAUCUUGUAGAAAAAUUGAUAAUACUAGUUAGAAAGUUAUUUUCGUUUUAAAAUAUCGCUUUUAUUUCAGUUUGACUAGACUCUGCGAAUUAAUUUAAUGUAUAGAUGAUUUUUAUCACUUUUUCUAAAUUAACAACGUUAUCGCUAAGUAUAUAUGAAUCAUAGCAUGACGUUAGAUAUAUGUUGCUUUAAGAUAGUGUAC